AUGACGCGUUUGAUAACAAUUCUACCCACAAUUUUCCGCUCUUCCCGGUCACCAACAUAUUCUUUCUCAACAACAAUACGCUUUUCUUCAACGAAAUUCUCUUCCUCAACAACACGCUCCUCCACUUCACCUCAAAAUUUAAAUCAACUUGAACAAGGAUUACAUUAUAAGUUAAUAAAUAAGUGGACAUGUAAAGAAAUCAAUAUUUUACUUGAUUAUAUUAAAGAAAAUUAUUCAGCUUGGUCUGAAGGAAAUAAAACUAGUUUUUAUGAUGAUAUUGCAAAGAAUGUUUUACCUAAAAAAGGGGGAAUGUCAAUUAAAAGUAAAAUUAGUGGAUUAAUAAAGAAUUAUAUAUUAAUUAAAGAAGCAAUUAGUAAGAAAACAGGUAUCAUUGAGAAAGAAGCAUUUGAAAAACUUAAAAAUAAUGUUGAAGUUAUAACUAUUAAAAUGAAUCAAUUGCAAGAAAGAAUAUUGGAAAAAAAAUUGUUAUUAGAAAAGGAACAAUUAGAAGUUGAAAAGAAAAGGUUGGCAUAUAAAAUAAAAAGAUUAAAAAUGGAUUUUAAAUUAAAAAUGAAAGAAUUAGAAUUGAAAAAAUUAGAAUUAAAAUUACAAAAAAAAGUAUAG